CCUCGCGACCCGAUCAAACCGUAUCAAAAUGUCUCGUCCGAUCGUCGUCGCCAUCGUCGCGAUCAUCGCGUUCCUGCAGGCGUCCUCCGCCAUCGACAUCUCCCAGACCAAGAAUAUCCAGAUCCAGCUCUCCGACGAGGAUAUCGUACCGAACACAGCGUUGAAAAGUUUGACGCCCAAUACAUAUGCCGCUGGAUUCAUCGGAAAUAUCGAGAUUGGAAGACGAUAUAACGAAGAAACGAUUUUCCGUCGAGUAGCCGAGUUUAACAAUCCAACAAACAAUGUUCAGUCAAGUACUCUAACGCUGACUGUCAAUAAUGGAAUCCUUCAUUACAUUAGUGUAGUGAAUGAGAGUGGCAGCUAUGCGGUUGUAUGCGAUGAACCGAACACUCUGGGAUCAUCCAGGGGCAAGAUCAACAUUCGCGCCUCUGCGAAUACGAAAUCCUAUCUCACAAUAGUCGCGGCAGUCCAUUAAGUAAGCAUCUGCAAAAAAGUACAAUAGACAUUUAUUAUUAUAACUCACACAUUAUAACGGAAAAAUAAAAAAAUAUAUUUGUU